AUGUCCAUCUAUUCUUCAGCCCCUAAUGGGGCUAGCGAAAAAGGGGUCGAGUCCGUAAAGCCGGAACCAACCUUUGAGAGAUUCGAGAAGAUCCAUCAUGAACCUCGAUUCACCGCACCAAGACCGCUUCCUACGGCAGCAACCUCACUUCCGAUCGGAGCUUUUUCUACAACCUUGACCACGCUUUCUCUAAGCUUAAUGGAGUGGCGCGGAGUGACAACAACCAACGUUUACAUCGCGAAUUUCUUUUUCCUAGCUGCCUUCGGCUUAGUGAUAUCUGCGCAGUGGGAGCUUACCGGAGGGAACGGCUUUGGUUACAGUGUCUUCAGUGCUUUCGGUCUCUUCUACGCAGGGUACGGUGCCAUCUUGACUCCCUCUUUUGGGGUGGCAGCAGCAUAUGGCGAUGACACAAAGCAGUUGAACAAUGCUCUCGGACUAUUCAUGAUCAUUUGGAGCGUCUUUGUCCUUGCCUACUUAGUCGCUACAAUACCGACAAAUGUCGUCUAUAUACUGAUCUUCAUCUUCGUUGAAUUAUGCUUCGUACUGGUUGCUGCUAGCUACUUUUCUGCUGCUGAUGGCCACGAGAGCGCCUCAAUCGGGUUGAAGAAAAGUGGUGGCGUUUUCGCGUUUCUUGCUGGGCUUGUUGGAUGGUAUUUGACUUUCCAUCUCUUGCUGAAAGACUCUUUGGUAGAGUUGCCGUUGGGAGACACGUCUCAAUACUUCCCUAAGACUCGGAAGAAAACUGAGUGA